ACUCUGUUAUCUAGACCUCGUUAUCUUGAUUUUUUUGACGGAUGAACCGCUUUGAACCGCGAUACCUUUGCCUUCGGGCACUUUUCGAUCUCGUUCGGGCGAGAAAAUAACGAAUCGAACGCGACGUUCCAGCGAGUCGCGAUUGUUCACAGAAUAACGCGUAUUUUCAAGUCGAAUCGGAGUGGUGCAUGUUCACAGUGCGAAGGAGUCCUCGACAAUCCCUGUAAUUGAAAAGAAACAGAAAUUUCUUUAACGAGCACAGAUCGGUAAAGAAGAGACCGGUAGAUUUCCUUGGGAAAUAGCUUCAAAAGUAGAAACGCUCGUACGGAAAUUGAAAAGGAUGUAUGUUUGAACAGAGGAUUUGAAUAGAAUGGACAAUCUUUUGGAUUACGACCAAUGAUUUGAAAAAUUCUGGAAAUCUCUUUCGAAACGUCAUGUGUUUGAGGAAAAUCGAAUGACAGAAUUUAUCGAGGUAGCUAGUGAUUUUCUUUCGAAAUGUACUAAAUUUUUAAAGUAAAAUUCGCAAGAAAUUGGAAGAGCAAACUACGAUUUCGCGUGGUAUCAAGAUUCUUUUACGACAGUGAAAGCCUAAAGAAAGUGAGAGAUGCAUUGAACAUACCAUGCGUCUCUUGUAUUUUUGGACAAAUUUAUUUGGGAAUUAAGGACCGAAUAAGGUAAUGAAAAAUAAGAUUAAGUAAGACGUUGAUAUCGAGUUGAAAUUUUCUUCGGAAGAAGUCAGACAGGAGAAGGAAGAAAGCUGAUUUUCCUUCUUUAUCUCUCACCGCAAAAGGCGCGUCCGGUUGAUUUGCGAAACGAAUGGUAAAACGUGGGUCGUAAACGAGUCGAGUGGUACCGUGCAACUAUAAAUGGAACCUGUAAUACCAAACCAUCGACUGUGUCACGAGGAAAAUAACAUUGCGAAGGGAAACGAAAUUUUUAAAGAAUCGUGAAUGAGAACAGAAAUUCUUCCUAGAUCAACUUCAGCUAGAUACUACGAUAGAUAUAAUACUAAGAAUUAUAAAGCGUAAUACCAAGUGUACAAGAUUGAGUAUACGGAAAGAUUGUUCCUUCGAUAAAAUAGCGUCCGAAAUUCUACAAAUUACAAUUCUAAGAUCACUCAGAAACUUCCAGACAUAGAAUGUAAUAAACGUUAAUUACAACAAACAAUUUCGCAUUAAAAGACAAAAAUUACAAUAAGAAGGGAAAAGAAAGUUCCUCGCACUGUAUCCGGAAAAAGACUGUACUUGACAGGUACGUAACUACAUUCCUAAUUCCAGUUUCAAGAUUUUACGAUGCAUAACGAUCACUGUGGAUAACUGGUCCGUUUUAUAAAUCGUAUCGUUCGAUCGUUCUCUACACCAGCGUCAGAAGUGCAAAGAAAAAAAUAGUUCCUCGCUCGACGACACAUUCCACAAAUUCUCAAGAGGUCAGCGUACCAAUUAAGGCCCGUAGAAACGGUCUGUCGCUACGUUUUCGAGUAACGAAGCAAAAAACAGUUGGACAAGCAACAAGUACAAACGAAACGGCACGUGAAAAAUAAUAAUUAACCAAGUCGCGAAAAGGAACCGGCAGAUGAAAGGGGCUCUUGGCGCAGUCGAGAUGAGGUGUUGAUGAAAUGCCAGAGGGACAUUUCGAAAAUCUUUGCCUCGACGCAUGCGUGCCGACGCACUCGACGCCCGAUGGAGCGCGAUGAAGCUGCCCCUCGGUGGAUGAAGAAGGGUCGAGACCUAGAAAAGAGAGGUUUUCUGAUGGUGUGCGUCGACGUCGGACCAGCCAGGUUACACCGGGCGCCGCGACGCGUCAUUCCACCAUUCUUUCGUGUUAACCUCUCGACUUAAACUUUCGAUUUAACCUCUCGAUUUCUCUGUCCGAUCGAAACUCCUUGACCGAUCAGCUGACUACAGGAAGACAGAAUACGAUAAAAACGAUAAAACAGAGAAAAGAAAAGUUAUGCCUGGUGAAAAUAGGGAAAGGAGCUUAAGACAAACAACGUCUGGUGUAAGAAGAGAGCUUUCUCCGUCAAAGACGAGCGAGUUCGAAGUCAGAACACGCGGCAACUCGAUGAUCCCUCUUCCUCGUGCGAUGCCACAGAACCCGAAAACCGUUAAAACGGAGAAGAAUCGUCUAAGACUGAUCAUGGAGAACAACCGAGGGUUUGUAGAUACUUCGGAGAAGGAACGAAGGAUCAACGUGGACGAGGAUGAGAUGGGCUAUCGAGUGUCUGCCAUCAGGGAGCCGGCUACACCGCGAUACUGCGACCUAUCCUGCAACGUGUAUCGAUGUCCUGUACGAAAGGAAGACGCGGAGGAUUGUCAGAAAAGAGCAGAAAGAUUGUUGUCGGAGGAGUAUCGCGUGUUUCGCGGGGCGAUAGGCGUCGACGUGGAAGGUGUCGGCUCGUGGAAGGCUCAGAGGCGCCCUCACGACAUCGAGAUAUCUACGCCCCUGAUCGGCGUCGCGGCGCACGAGCUGGAGUCGUCCGUGGACGGCGCAGCGUUCAACCCUGUCGCCGCAGCGGCGACGACAUCCGCGAGAUGCUCGCUGAUGAAAAACGCGUUGAAAACGCCAUCAUCCACCUCCACUUCUCUGCCCGUCAAUGCCCACAUCAGGCCAAAGUUGUACCUAGGCUCCGUGAUCGCUGAGACCAACAAGGAGGAUGCCAUGGAGCCAGAAGUAAAAGAGGAGGACGAACGAAGGUCGUCCACGCCGAGCCCCGAGCAGAUUUAUACAAGAAGAAAUAAACGUUACAAUGAAGGUGGAAGUAGCGAGGAAGACAGCAAACCAGAUAUAUCUCUACAGGGCCACAGAUUACCAUCUUCUUAUCGGGGAACGUGGCCCAUCAGAAGAGACAUAUGGGCCAAUCAACAAAUGGGCUUUUCCACUCAACAAAGCACAUCAAUCACUGUACACAACGACGUAGCCAGCGUGAUGAGCUUUUCGUCGAAUUCGGGCGGGGCCCUCGGCUGUUCCACGGAAAUGCAAGGCGAUCGAAGGCUAGGGGCGAAAGUGGACGUAGUGUACAAUCUACUGGGAAUGCUUGGUAGCACGGAGGGCCGAGAGGACAUGAGUGCAACGCUACUCUCUAUGAGCAAUUCGAUAGACAAUUGCCUCAUAAUGAGGCAAUCAGGAUGCCUUCCACUGUUGGUACAACUGAUUCACGCUCCAGGACAAGAUCCAGAAACCAGAGAAAAGGCAUCUCGAGCUUUGCAUAAUAUAGUGUAUGCCAAAAGCGACGAGAGGGCUGGACGCCGGGAGGCGCGGGUUCUCCGGUUUCUAGAACAGUUACGGGACUAUUGCCAGACUCUGAGGACAUCUCUAGAAACGGGUCAGGUUCCCGAUGACCUAGAGAGGCAUCCCGGGCCAACGAUAGCGGCAUUGAUGAAACUUUCCUUCGACGAAGCUCAUCGUCACGCCAUGUGUCAGCUCGGUGGACUUCAUGCAGUUGCAGAGCUGAUCGAGAUGGAUCAUAUGGCUCAUGGAAGCGAAUGCGAUGAUCAAAAUUGCAUCACAUUGCGUAGAUAUGCCGGAAUGGCUCUGACGAAUCUGACAUUCGGCGAUGGAAACAAUAAAGCAUUGCUCUGUUCCUUCCGGGAGUUCAUGAAGGCUCUGGUUUCGCAAUUGAGAAGUCCAAGCGACGAUCUCAGACAAGUCACAGCGUCUGUAUUGAGAAAUUUGUCGUGGCGAGCUGAUACUAGUAGCAAGCAAACGUUGAGGGAAGUGGGAGCAGUAACUGGUUUGAUGAAGGCUGCGAUGGAGGGUAGGAAGGAAUCAACUCUUAAGUCGAUACUGUCUGCACUUUGGAACCUGUCGGCACACUGUAGUACGAAUAAAGUGGAUAUUUGUGCCGUAGAUGGCGCACUGGCAUUCCUCGUGGAUAUGUUGAGCUACAAAGCACCAUCUAAAACUUUAGCCAUUGUUGAAAACGCCGGUGGUAUUUUGAGGAAUGUAUCUAGUCACAUUGCUGUUAGAGAAGAUUACCGAGCCAUUGUAAGAGAGAGGGGAUGUUUGCAAGUAUUGUUACAACAAUUGCGAUCACCUAGUUUAACCGUCGUUAGUAACGCCUGUGGAGCUCUGUGGAAUCUUUCUGCCCGAUGUCCACAGGAUCAGCGUCUGUUAUGGGACCUGGGCGCAGUUCCAAUGCUUCGUAGUCUAAUUCACUCCAAGCACAAGAUGAUUUCAAUGGGUUCAAGCGCAGCCUUGAAGAAUUUACUGAGUGCCAGACCAGGCUGUAAUAAUCUCGUCCACUUAGACUCGACAGCACGCGGAUUAGGACUUCCAACUCUACCAACUUUAGUUGCACGCAGACAAAGGGCUCUGGAGCAAGAAAUAGAUCAAAGCUUGGCCGAAACUUGCGAUAACAUCGAACCUAGCACAUCUCCGACUAACAAAGACGAUAAGUUUUCGUUCAAGGUGGAACAUAGCUUCUUGGGGAUCAACACGCGAACUUUACGCUCCUAUCAACUACAUAAUCAACCUAGCACAUCCAAUAUGAAGUGCAACGGAGUCGCCAGAAGCGAGAGUAGAGACUCUAUGCGCUCCAUAACAAGCACUCAUUCUGACACCAUGUUUGAAAGGGUAAAUCGACACGUAUUGAAUGGACUAUCUCCUACUGAUAUUCAGAUAAAACAACAGUCCUCGUCGCUACACUCCGCAGUCGGUUUCGACAACGGAAUGUCCAGUGAUGCUCACUCGAAGACCUCUUCGGAGAAGAAGUAUACGUUACGCUACAAAAACGCCAUCCCGGAUCGUUUGAAGUCGUCAGACGGUUUUAAUGGUCUUGUCGACCUUAGAUGCACUAAUUCUACCAUUUCCUGGUCCUCGGCUCCGGAUCAAGAAUCCACCUGUUCACAGAAUUUGCUACACUCUUCCGUAGAAGACAACUUGCCACAAAGCAUCACGUCUGUGCUCAAGACUGGUAGUCAGUCCAGUAUUUCCGAGGAAACGGAGUUGAACGUUUGCACAAAAACCGAGUACGUGAGCACGAAGCCUGAAAUAGAAACCUCGACCUCGUUAUCAUUCGUCAACAACAGCUCUCCCGCGAAAGACAACAUCAACUUUGGAAACGUCUACGACAAGACUGUUUUACAUCAACACAGUUCGUUGAAUACUAUACAACAGGCUAUCUCACCGACUGUCAGUUAUCGAACAGAGGGAAAUCUGUUCAGUGAUUAUGCCGAGACGGAUUUGGAUCAACCAACUGAUUAUAGUUUGCGUUAUGCUGAACGAAGUCUGGAGGACGAAGGAAAACCACAUUCUCACUAUUUCCCGAGUAACGAUCAAGAACUCAUCCACGAAGAUACAGUAAAGACCUAUUGCACAGAAGGAACUCCACAUGGAACGUCUUUAAAUUCUUCUAGAGCGGCAUCGGCUUCUGACUUGCAAGAGGAUAGUCGACAGAGGAGUUUAUUGAAGAAGAUUCAGGAACAAGGUAAACUGCAAGAUACGGAGGAAUUGAAUUUAGAAUGUACCAGAAUGGAAUGUACGGAAGUUUCGAGUGACAAGAAAAGAAGUCAAAUGUUGCAGUACUUUGAAACGAAUAUCAAGGACAAUAAUGUUGAGGAAAAUGAUCACGCUUCUAUGAAAAAUUCAUUGAGCGUAAGAACAACAAUUACACAAGUAUCUUCGAGCAACUUACAAUAUGCUGAGAGUGAUGAUAUAGCACCCAAUUCUACAAAAAAUAAACCAGAGAAGAAAUACGAUACACAGAAUGGCAUGUUUGAAAAAAACGAUAAAUUUGAUAAAAGUUAUCCUAGCAACGGUGUUAAUUCGUACGUGACUAGUGCAUUGAAGGCUUCUAACGAUUCAGGAUGUAAGGAAUUUGAACUAAAAGGAGAUACCCGUAACAUGCCUUAUAUAUUAAAUAUAAACAACUCUUCCGAAUGUUUAGAUCAAGUCAGUGAUGGCGAUGAGGACGACGAAGAUCUACUUACAGCUUGCAUUAAUAUUGGAAUGCAAAAUAAUAGGCAUAGGCAUUCGUUUAUAGGAAAUAAUUUUGAAAAAGUUCCGCGAAAUGAAAGCAAUCUUGCCAGGUACCAAACAAGCGUUGCACUAGAUCAAAUGGACUGCAAUUCAUCUGUCGAUUCUACCAUGAACAGUCUUGAUACAAAACAAUCGGGAUCUGAAGAAAUGGUAGAUCCCGAUAUUUGUACUGAUAACGUUAAUGAUAACUCAUCGAAUAUGAAUAUUGUGUCAGAUUAUAAUCAAAGUACGGCCAAAUUUAUGCAAAAGGUGAUAGAAACUAAAAUUCCAAUGCAACAAUCGAAUCAAGUUUUGCAGAAUGAGUUGGACAAAGUAAAAAACACGGAACGCGGUUCAUUAUUAGGCGAUGAUAGUCUGUGCAAUUUCUCAUUACCUUCGAACUUGAGGAAUAGCCCGAUAUUACAUGAAACAGUAGUGUUUAACACAGAACCUACACAGCAGCAAUAUCUAUCUAGUAUCGACACCCAAUCGAAUGAAGACAUGUCGUCUCUGAUACAUAAUGAUGUUAUUGAAAAUGAUCAAAAUAUAGAUGAUGAUUCUGCUAAGUGGGAAAAUGAUAAAACAUCAAAAACAUUAAAAGACAAAGCGAUUGAGAAUUCGUCUAUGCAACAAUCUUAUACUAAAGUAACAGAUUCAGAGAGUAGCGAAUCGAUCGAUUCCGUGGAACAAUCAGAACACGCACUUUUAGAAUUGUGUAUACAACCUGGAUUAACGAAAACUAUGGACAAUAUCCAGAUAAAUAAAACCACGAUGAAUGAAAUCGACAGUGAAUUUGGGGAGCGAAAAAUUAAUAAUUUUGAUGAAAGCAGUAAAAUGUACAAUGACACAUGUGAAAUAGAUGGCAUUAAUAAAGAAAAAGUUGAUUCAAAGCACAAAGUGGCACAGAAACCUGCAGAAUCAGCGAAAUAUGUGGAGAAGGAAGAUGUAUAUCGGCGUCAAAGGGAUCCUGAUGCUAUGAUUGCCUCGUUAGAUCGCUUAACUGCGACUCUCGUGCAACAAACGGAAGCAAUUCGAGAACGAGAUUCGGGCGCAAUGAAACAGAGCAUAUUGAGUGAUACAUGGAAUGAAGAUUCUCCUAAUGAUGUAUCUUUUCCUAGCAUAAGUAUUAGUGCCCCUAUAAUCGCUUCAUUUAAAAGCGAUGUACCAGAAGAACCAGGAACAAUCACCUCGGAGUGUUAUGAAACAGCAAGUAGCGACAAUGGGCACAUGACCAAUUCAAAAAUUAUUCAAAGAGAAGCGAUUAAAUUAGCUCAAGCGGUGGACGCAGAAAUGAAUCGACAGAACGAACUAGAUACAACCAGUAUGACGUCGAUGGAUUUAGAAGCAAUAAAACCACCUUCCUCGAUGGGAAGCUUACUAUCACUGACAGCUAGCUACGCAGGUUCGGGUGACUGUAGUGAGUCGUUCGUUAAUCGAGACAGGUGUAAUUCUACAUCCUUGCCUCCAAUCCAGGCGAAGAAUAUAUCUUCGACAGAUUCUCGAAGCUGUCGUAAGAAAUCUCUUCCUUUGGGUGUCGUAGCUAAAAGAGCUCUGAGUCAAACUCAGAGUCACACCGGCAGUCUCGAAAAUUUGUUGAACGAAUGUACUGGUUCGCACUUAGAAAGUGUCAAACCACCAUCAAUGAUGGACGAGUUACUAGACGUUGGUGACAUGGAAAAUAGUAUGUUAAGCGUGGCCAGUAUUACAUCAGAGGUGGCAGAUUCUAAGGAUCAAGACUCGCAGAACUUAAGCGGGAGCGACGCUGUUUUCGAUUUACUAAAACCUGUCGCAAAUGUGCUAUCCAUGACGUGCAUGCGUUACGCUGAAGCUAUGCAGAAUAGUGCAAAUAAUAGUUUGAGUGAAUAUCUGGAGAACAUCAAUCCACCUUCGCUGUUCAAUGAAGUGUGUGAAAUGGAUGAGUCAACAGUGGAACAAGCUACAGAAACUAUAUGCAGCGAUACGUUGUGUAUUGACGCGGAAUUACAUACCGAAGAAGCUCCACAUCCUGUGAUGAUAGACAGGAUCGACGAAGCAGGUGAUACCGACGAGGCAGUUACACCAAUUUCGUCUGAAUACUGCGUUACUAGCUCGGCAGAGUCCACGCCUAGGAAGCGAUUACACAGAAAUUUAACACCAAAGCAGAAAAGAACUUUGGCCAAGGAAAGAUAUAAGACGUAUACUAUAGCUGCGGAACUCGAUAAAAAGGAAGAAGAACGACAGGAAAACGUAGUACAGGAGAAGAUUGCACGGGGAAAAAUUUCACCUUUUUCCAAAUUGACACCUAAACAACGUAGACAAGAAGAUAGAGCCAGGUUUCAAACACAGGUAUUGGAAAAUCCUUUCCCCGACAUGAAUCAAGAUCAAAAUAAUCAGGAAGUUAAUGCUACUUAUGAACAAGAGAAUUCUGAAAAGACAACGGAAGCAACGUCCCCGGUAAAAUCUGCUAUCCCCACAUUGUCAAAACUAUCCGCUUGUAAAACGUUGAUUAAAAAGCGCGUCGAGCAAAAGAAGAAUAGGGAAAGAUAUCGUACGAGAACUUUGAACGAUUCAGAACGCAUAUUCAGAGAUACAGAAAGUAAUACUACUACAAACGCGGUAGAAGAUAGAUUACCAGAUUCAACACACACUAUCGAAUCGGAUGAAAUUCAAACCAUGUUGGAACAAAAUGCAACCAUCGUGUUAAAUACAUUAAACGAAUCAAAUAAGACAAAUGAAACUGGCGAGGAUGGGUUGCUAGAUUGCGAGACUAUUAGUUUAGUAUCAAAUGAAUCAGAAUCAGAACGGAACCUACGGAUGCGGUUUGUCAACGGCGUUUCUAAAAAACUGAUAGGUUCGUGUAUUCGACAAAUGGACAAUGUACAAGAACCAGAGGACGCUCAUAAGGAAACAAUCGAGAUCGAAGAACCCAGGUCGCAAGAAGACAUCAGGUAUACAGAUAAUGUGGAAACUGAGAGCGAAGAUGAAUCUAAUAAUACCGAGGGACCACCUAGAGAAACAAAAAGGCCCCGAAUAAUUAAACCAGGAAUGGUGAGAGAUCCCAGUAAUGAUUCUAACGCUACGGAUAAAUCAGACCCAGAAAGUCCAAAGGCCAUUCGCGGGAGAAGAAAAGCUCUCUACUCAAAUCCAAUUACGCGAAAGCCAACGCCACAAUCGUCUCCAUUGAAACAGGUCAAUCCUGUCAGUGGAAUACCUAUAGGUCGUAGCAACACUUCACCUAUUGUAAGAGCAACAAGAGCUACCACAUUGAGACAAAGUAACAAUAGUCCAGGUACAGCGACGAAAGAAUCAACAAAAUCAAAUAUAAGUCCUAAAAUGAAUCCCAGCUCAACAGAUGACAAACGAACGAAGAUUUUAUCGGUGGCUGCAAAAAGAGCAUCAGUUCCUCAGAAAGGAUCGUCAUUAACUUUCACAAAGUCCGUAAAGAGACACAGCACACCUCCAACGUGUUCUUCCUCGAACUAUCAACAAGAAACUAAGACGGACGUAACGAUUAAGCCCUUGGAACGACAAGGAACAUUUACCAAAGACGAACCAGAAGUGAAGAAUGCGCCCACCGUAGAGUCUUCAUCUCCUUCGCCGAUAAAAACGAAAAUCGCAAAACCCAUUAGAGGUGCAACAUCCAAGGUACAUCCAACAACUGGGAAACCAAAACUUACGCCAAAGACACAUCAAGCGCACCAAUCAAAAUCAUCAAAGGGAAACGCUUCAGAGAAGAUUCAAUCUUCGAAAGCAUUACCAUUACUGGUAGCUCCAAAACGAUUACCUACAGGAAAAGCAACUGCAACUCCAAAAAUAUCAGCCAAUAAUCAAAGUACUGCACAGAUAGAAAGCGGUAAAGUCUUUCGAAAGGUAGGUCCUCUUGGUCAGAGAUCUAACAGUAAUUCCAGUAUUGUAUCCAACUCCUCGACCGGAAUGCAAACUAGAAAAUUGGCAAAGGAAGCGACUAGUAAAAUUGCAAGCCUUUGGAAAAAGGUAGAGGAGAGUAAAAAUAAGCAACGGUUUGAGAAACCAGAUACUAGGCAGUGGCUACAGCCUGGUAAUUGUGCUAAUGAGAUGGAUACCCCAUCUCCAGUGAGCAAUCCGCCAGCUUUUAGGUUGUUUCGUAGUUCCACGUUCGAAGGAGUGCCCCAAGAGAAUGAUAAUCCGGAAUCAGCUUUGUACAAAUCGAAAUUGAAGAGGCCAUUGGUAAUGGGCGUACAACCCAGUAAAGUGAAAUACAGAAACUCUUGUGACUUGAGCGGAAUGAACGCAAACGACGCACCUUGCAAGAUUCCUGUAAAGUCUAAUGACGCUUCUACGUACAAGAAAGACAUCGUAGAUGUAGUUGACACCUCGGUUGUUCUGCGAAAAUCACAGCAUACCGAAUCCUCCACGGCAGAGGUGGAUCCUAUGAAACGAAUAUCACGUCUUGGUUCCUUUAUAAGAGUAGACUCUGCGAAUGCAGAAGGUUCUGCACAAACAUACGUUAAUGGGUCCGGUGUGCGUACACCCGCGUCCGCCAUUGUCCCACCUUUUAAUUAUAACCCGAAGCAAGAUAUCCCUUCGCAAAUAGCCAAAGUAACGCCGGAUGAAACUGAAAGCAAAUUCAGAGUGACAGAUUGUCAUAGUGACAUAGUCACAGCUUCUACGAGAGUAACAACGGUAUAGUGAGAGCCUGUUAUAAAGUAAACAACUUUCUUUCGUAGUAUUGCUUUUCUGUUUCAGGCUAGUCAUUGUAUAUUUGAUUUACUGCUGUAUUGAUCAUAAAUCAACACGCAGUACAUAUAUUACGAAUACUUGAUAAGUAAGUUGAAGGUUUCUUUCUUACCUCACACAUCGUUUAAAGGACACCGAAAAUCUUCAUGGCAUCUCAUUAAUUUUUACACACUAAAGAUAAAAAGAAUAAUCGUUUGAAUACUUUUCUUCGUUGCAUGUGCAUUGGCAAUGCAAUUUUUAUUCUCCCCCUUUUUUUAAGAGGUAUAAUUAAAAUGUGACAUAGCCGAAAAUCCUGAUAUAUCAUUCCUAUUCACUUUGCGUGUUGUAUAUACAUAUAUUGAGAAAUUCCAUAAUUACGAAGAAAAUUAAAAAUCGGUAGUACGUAGCAGUAAUUAUGCUCGAUUAUUUAAUUCAAUUUUGUAUAUAUUAAACGUCGAUGAAGAAUGUAGAAAGUUUAGUGAUAUGUAUUACGACUCAUGAUGUAUAUGGAAAUAUGUCGCUAUACAUCUUCGUAAUAGAUAAAUUUGCAAGGAAUAAGAUCUGUAUUUUGUUUCCAUCGUAAACUGAUUUGUAUUCUUUCAAUUGAAUACAAAGUCUAAUUACUUUUUAAAGACUGAUAGAAACACGAUGAAGAUUUGGACGAAACUUGGACAUUUUCAGUGCAACAGAAUGUUACGACAAAAGCAGUAGUGAUGUUUAUAUCGAUGUAGCGGUCUAAGUAACGCUAAACUGGCAUUAUGUGAAGAGACAAAAUUUUGUAAACCCUUACUUUAAGUUUCUAGUCUACUUGAAAAUUUACAGUUAAAAUAGCUUCUAUUUUGGUCAUAUAUGUAUUACAUAAAAAAAUCGAUUUGCAUGUAACAAGUGUCUACUGAUUCGAUUGUUACCCUUUCUAAAAUACAUGUAGGUACAAUUAAGAGUGUGUACGGAUCAAUUAUGUAUUUAUAGAUCGGAAGGUUUAAGGUAUUGGCAUGCCAUUUAAUAAUUUUACUUUCACACGUUCUCAUUUGUUUUCUAGUUUCAUUGGAAAAUUUGCUAUUAUUCGAAGCAUUUAAUGCGUACGAUACUUUAAGUUUGUUUCUAUAUCGCGUCAUCUUCCCUUCUACAUGCACCCGAUCAAUCUAAAAUUUCAUUAGAAGGAAACUGUUUGACACGAUAUAGAAUAGAUUUUACUAUUCAUUGUUUACGUAUUUGUUACACAAGUCUUAUACCCUGUUCCAGUUCGAGUUAAUUAGAUUUAACUCUUCCAACUUGGAACCACAUCAGGGUACCUUUAUAUUUUUUUUUUCAUACAGGAUUUGAUCUGUACACCAGAAUUCCUUUUCAGGGUUCUUUUGUAAUCUUCGUCUUUUACUUAGAUUUUAAGUAUUCAUCUUUUGUUAUACUGUAUUUUAGAUUCGGCAGACAUCUUAAUGAUUUGUAUAUUAAUAAUUACAGUACAAUAAAAUUUAUAGAUACUAA